GAUAUGAUCCCCCAGCACUGGGAACCCUCGGGCAACGGGGCCCCCUCCUGGGCCCUGGUCCUGCUGCUGUCCCUGGGGCUGCACGGAGUCCAGACUGGGGCCCUCAGACUCCCAAACCCGGGUUUUCAGGAGAAAUACUUUGAGCAGUUUGUGGACCACUUCAAUUUCGAGAGUUUUGGCAACAAAACCUUCAACCAGCGGUUCCUGAUGUCAGACAAAUUCUGGAAAAGGGAUGAGGGACCCAUCUUCUUCUACACGGGGAACGAGGGGAAUGUGUGGACCUUUGCCAACAACUCCGGAUUCCUGGUGGAGCUGGCAGUCCAGCAGCAGGCCCUGCUCAUCUUCGCAGAGCACCGGUACUAUGGAAAUUCGCUCCCAUUUGGUGCCCAGUCCACGCAGCGUGGGUACAUUCAGCUGCUGACUGUGGAGCAGGCUCUGGCUGACUUCGCUGUGCUGCUCCAGACCCUGCUACAGGACCUCAGGGCCCAGGACGUCCCUGUCAUCGCCUUCGGAGGGAGUUACGGGGGUAUGCUCAGUGCCUACAUGAGGAUGAAGUACCCUCACCUGGUGGCAGGUGCACUGGCGGCCAGUGCACCCGUCCUGGCUGUUGCAGGCCUUGGUGAAUCCUAUCAAUUCUUUCGCGAUGUCACAACGGACUUCUAUAACCAGAGUCCCAUGUGUGCCCGGGGUGUACGGGAUGCUUUUCAGCAAAUCAAGGACUUAUUCCUGGAGGGAGCCCCUGAUGUAAUCCACAAAGAGUUCGGCACCUGCCAACGGAUCUCCACCCCUGAGGACUUGACUCAGCUUUUUGGGUUUGCCCGGAAUGCCUUCACACUGCUGGCCAUGAUGGACUAUCCAUACCCUACCAACUUCAUGGUGUACCUUCCCGCCAACCCCGUCAGGGUUGGCUGUGAGCGGCUAAUGAGUGAGACCCAGAGGAUCACAGGGCUGAGAAUGCUGGCAGGGCUGAUCUACAAUUCCUCUGGCACGGCGCACUGUUAUGACAUCUACCAGCUAUACCAAAGCUGUGCUGACCCCACCGGCUGCGGCACUGGCUCUGACGCCAAGGCCUGGGACUAUCAGGCAUGCACCGAGAUCAACCUGACGUUUGACAGCAACAAUGUGACUGACAUGUUCCCUGAUCUCCCAUUCACCAAUACGAUCCGCCAGCAGUACUGUCUGAAAAAGUGGGGCGUGCAGCCCCGGCCAGACUGGCUGAAGGCCAACUUCUGGGGCGGUGAUCUUAAAGCAGCCAGCAACAUCAUCUUCUCCAACGGUGACCUAGACCCCUGGGCAGGGGGUGGGAUAAGGAGGAACUUGAGCACAUCAAUAAUCGCUGUCACCAUCCAGGGAGGAGCACAUCACCUAGACCUCAGAGCUUCUCAUCCAAGAGACCCUGAAUCAGCUGUGGAGGCACGAAAGCUGGAGGCCACUCUCAUCCGCGAGUGGGUAAAGGCAGCCAAAAAUGAGCAGUGGCUACUACCACACGGAGGACCAAGGGCUAAGAGGCAGCUUUCAGCCAGCUAAGACCAGAUGGGACUUGGCGGGGAAUGUUUUAGACAUUCCUUAUGGACUGAGGAGCUGUGGCCUUGGCCACCCCACUGCAUUUGGCAGGACCAUCCAGACCAUGAAGGCUGGCCCCAAGCAAGAGAGGGGCUGGUGGCCGAGAGGAGCUGAAUAAAUGUCUGGUUGUUAGGCCAAGUGCAUCCUUCUGACCUGUGGGGUCUGUAUGUGGAGGAUGGAGGGAGACGCAUAGCAACAACUCCCAAGCAAGGAACACACUGCACACAGCCUACUGACCAGUCAUUUAAUAAAGCACAUACUCAACUCUCAGGUUGAUGUUUUAGGACAAUAGGAAGGGAAAUCUGCCUUUCCCUCCCAGGGCAAAGCUUCCCUGCCUAGGGCUCCACUGCAGGCAGUACAGGUUCAUGGCUCACUGGGAUCCUCUCCAGUCACAGCUCUGACUCAC